GCAGCUCAAGCGUAGGGGAUUCCACGUAGACAUAAAAGAAAAAAAAAAAGAAAAAACUUUUUUUUCUUUUUUAGGGGAAAAGUUUUUUUUUUUUAUUUUAUUCAUUUUUUUUUUCCCAUAGCCAGGUGAUUGUAAAAAUUAGCAGCCAUGAGUGUGGAUGCUCUGGGCAACUCAGUAAUGGAGCCUGCCUUUCCUAAACGGAACCCGGCGCUGAGAUUAGUAGACUUAGCAGGGGCUCAUCAUCAUCAUCACCAUCAUCAUCAUCACCCCCCUCAGAGCGUGACAGGCUUCCCAGGGUACGUGGGUCAUUCCCACUCAAUGGCUCACAUGCACCCUGGAGAAUAUGCUACUUCUGCUGAUUCUCGCCUAGGGCCAACUCCUGCAUUCCGGCCAGAACACAUGGGGCAUCAUCCAGGGGCCCUCAAAAUCAGCCCUGCCCAUAAUCCUCACCACCUUCACCACCACCACCACAGCCAUCAUAUGCCAGGCCACGCUGAGGUUGCCUCCAGUCAAACAGGAGCUUUUGGCCCUUCUCAAUCAACAGCAGUAUCCUACGCAAGUAUCCCCCACACAGCUCAGCCUAUAUCUACAGGUAGGGACUUCUUAAUAGCCAGAGAUCUGACAGUACAAGUCAUGCCAGGUCUGACUGAGCCACACUCUGCAGCAACAUCUCACCAUGGAAUGUUUGUCUCAACAACAGGUAGCUACCCUGGACAGCAUGGCCACCACACAGAAGCUGGGAACCAUUCCUAUUUCUCUGGACCUCAUGAGCAGCCUUCCCAUGCCACUCCAGGUGGUCAACCUCUAAACGGACAGAUAAGACUCGGACUACCUGGAGAUAUGUACAGCAGGUCUGAUCAUUUCACUCAAAACGUUUCUAGGACAGACCCUUUUGCUUCCACAUCUCUUCACAGCUACACUGGCAUGAACUUAAAUAUGAACAUUGCUCCUCACCAAGGACCUGGUGCCUUCUUCCGUUACAUGAGGCAAGCCAUCAAACAAGAACUCAUCUGCAAGUGGAUAGAGGAGGAACAUGUUCCAAAAAAACUCUGCUCAAAAACUUUCAGUACCAUGCAUGAGCUGGUCACCCAUGUCACGGUGGAGCAUGUUGGUGGGGCAGAACAAUGUAACCAUGUGUGUUUUUGGGAAGAGUGUCCAAGGGAAGGGAAACCUUUCAAAGCCAAAUACAAACUGGUCAACCACAUCAGAGUCCACACAGGUGAAAAACCCUUCCCGUGUCCCUUCCCUGGCUGUGGGAAAGUAUUCGCCAGAUCAGAAAAUCUCAAAAUCCACAAAAGAACUCAUACAGGUCAGUCCAAAGACUUCUGUUGUUGUUUGUCUGUUUGUCUGUUGUUUGUGUAUAUGUUAUUUCUGUUUUGGAUAUUAUUUUAUGACCUUAAUGAAUGUACUAAAACAACAUAGAUUCAUACAUUUAUUUUUUUCUUUCUAUCUUCCUUUUCUUUUCUUUAAUUUAUUUUCCUCACCUGCCACUUACUGAUACUUUGUAUUGCAUUUUUACAACAUCACACAUCAAAUAGCCACAUAGAGAAAUUGAUUAUAAUCCCUUGAGAUAUUUUAUGACCGCUUCCAUUUGUGAUCUGAUUGAUUUAAAGCUCGGGGGAUUGUAAAUGAAUGAAUCAGGAACAGAGUAAAUAGAUUUUGUACACGUGGUUGUAAACUUACAUUCAAGCUAAUUAAUAUUUAUGAAAUAAUAUAGUACAGUUUAUACAGCCGCCACAAAAGCGAUUUUAUGGUCAAGAUAAACUAUUUAAUAUGGAUUACUGUUGACAGUUUGAGCUGAACAUAUUUAGUUAUAAUUUAGUCUGACAGCAUUAUAUUUCUACUCCUUUGAUCCUUCCCGUUUAAUAAUAUAAAUGUAAAAAAGCAAAUAUAAACAGUAUGUGUAUGUUUACAUAUAUAUUUGUAUAUACACAAAUUAAUAUGUGCAUAGGCAUUUGGUGUGUAUUUCAUAUAAGAUCAAUACAUAUAUUAUUGCAUAUUGUGCAUGCAUGCAUCCAUCCAUCCCCCAUUUGGCCAUCGUAUUCUCAUUUAAAAGAAUAAUUCGAUGUUUCUCCACGGUUUUUUCUAACGCCCCAAUCCCUCAUCCUGUAUCUGCUUUCAACCUUGCUUUUUAAUGUAAGGGUCUUUUUACUAAACAGCGAAUUGAGAUGCGUUAACCAUCUGAGAAUUGUCUGUUAGAAAAUAUAUCUUCAACAGGAAUGAAUUAAACCUAUUUUCUAACUCAGCUAUUGUGCAUCAAUUUUGCAAUUCGAUUUUCAAGGAAACACAAGUCACUGUUUAGUGAACAUGUCUUCAAUUUAUAGUAAAAGACAAAUUGUCUAAUUUACUUAUAGUUGUGAACAGGUGCUGUUGUUCUCUUUGGUGACAGACUGUCUCCUAAGUAAACAAACUUUCUCUGCUCAUUGGAACCUCCUAGUCUGAAGCUUGUGAAGCAAAACAUUAUGCAAUUCUAUACUUGAUUCACCUAAAGCAAAAUGUACAGUCAAUGCAUUAGAAUUGUCACUUUUUUAUCACUUUCUGCUCAUGCCACAUAAACAUACACAAAUAUAUGUUUCCCUUAUUCUACAUCUGCAAUGGUGAAUGAUUUUGACCAUGAUGCUGUCUGCAGGGCCUUUAAAAUGGACAUUUUUUUCCCCCCCCCCUGCACCAAAAGUUGUUGGAAAAAGUAACUAAAUUGUAAUUCAAGUUGUUAAAAUGUAACAAUGGAAACCUACAUUUGUGGAAGAGAAAUGAAGUUACUCUGUAAAACAUCAAAAUUUUUUCUCUCUCUUUUUGUUUGUGGAUUGGCUAAAUUCCUCUAAUAAAUUUCAUUUUGUAAUUUUGUUACAUAUAUUUUAAUUACUUGAGUAAAAAAUAUAAAGGUCAAAUAUUGUAGUUGUUGCUAGGUAAUCCCAUGUGAUGGCUUAAUGUGUUUAUAUCAUAUUUGUUUAAAGCUUUCAUUAUAUAUUUAUAUUAUUCAUUGUACAUCUCAUUCACAUUGUGUUUGCAAACCUUACAUUUAAAUAGUUAAUAUUUUCAGGUAUUUAAGAAUGCUUAUUUUCAUCUUGUAGCAUAAUUUGUUGCUGUUAUAUGCUGAGUCAAAGUAUAUAUUGGUUGCUUCUUUGCAUAUUUAAUUUAUUUAAAUACAAUUUAAAAAAAUCAAUAACAAGUAAUGAUCCAUUAAUCUAGGGAUUUUGUACUUAGUCUAUAUGCAAUAUAGGAUCACAAUAUAAUAAACCUGUUAUUGUAUGAGGAUUUAAUAAAUGUUCAAUACAAUAAAAUUCAUAUUUGUGAAAAGUAUGAGCAUUUAAAGGUAUAUUUUGAUAUUGAAAAAUAUAAGGAUAUUUAGUUGCUAUUUUGAAAGAUUUAUUCCUUGGAAUUGGAAUUUUGUGAAUAUUUCACCAUAUAACAUAUGCUGAUGAGUUUAAAAUUUAACAUGUAAGCGUCUAAGUAAGUGCAAAUGGUAGCAUUGUUAAAAACACAAGGCACUUCACUACAGAAUCACUUCUCUAUAAUAGUUGGUGCCUUUCUUAAAGUAGCAUCAGGGAGUGUAUUUUCCCAACUGGGAACUGUAGAAAGUGGCCAAGAGAAUUGGAAAUUUCAGGCCUAAGCAAAUUCUAUUAGUUUCUGCCUAUUUAUGUGUUUUUGGCCUGAAAUUUGCAAAUUUUUAAUUGUCUUAUAUAUUUAGUUUAGUGAAUAAAUACAUGCAUGUUUUAUUAAUAAUUUUCAUAAUUUAAUAAAAAAAAUUAGAUCUUAAAUAAUUUGCAGUUGAAUUUCACAAGCCCUGAAAUAUAGAAGAAAAAAAAAAUCACCCCCAACCCCAAAAAAAAUAAAAUAAAAAAUAAAAUAAAACAACCCCCACCCUCCAAAAAAGUAAAACAACCCCAAGAUAAGGCCUUACAGAGGUAGAAACCAUUUCACACUUCCAAAGUGAGGUGCAGCAAGCUAUUUCAAUCUAGCUUACUGGAUAACAAAUACCCAUUAAGUUUGGUUUCAAACAUUAGUGAGCUGCAAAGAUGAUUGGGAUGCACAAAUGCUCAUUGCAUAUUUAAACCUAAAAUCACGCUUGACCCAUUAAUUUCUGUCUACAAUGCACAUGUGAAAUAUACAGUAAAUUAAAAAAAAAAAAAGAAUACAGGCAAAAUAACAAUACCAUUUGGACCUUAUAAUAACAAAAGCAAAACAUAUUUAAUGCUCCUCAUGGCUAGCUACUAUAUUAAUACAAUUAUUCAUAUAGCUACUAGUGGUAACUAAUUUGCCAAACAGAAAUUUUCUCUCUUUUUACUUUGAAUUAAAGAAAAAAUGCAAGUGUUAUUUCAGGUAUGUUCAGAACGACAUAAUUCAUAUAAUUAUACGAUUUUUAUACAUGCGUGUGCAUGUAGUAAGAUAGACUAUUAAUUCUGGCAUAUUGUUAGAAAAUGCUGGGAACUAUUUACAGAUAGUAAGAAUAUAUACAAAUGUUGCAUUAUUUAAAAUCACGCGUUUAUUAUAAAAACGUUAUGCUCGCUUAAUUGAACAAAUUAUAGGGCCACCUACAUUCAGCCACGUGAUCAUGUAGAGACAUCAUGGGUGUAAAAUUAAACGUUAUUGUAAUUUAGAUUUAUAGGGGAUAAAAGGCAUGUAGACACAUCUCCUAGAUAUAUACUUUUGUAUUAUAUGCAAUUCAAUAGGUCCAUAGAAAGUUUGUUGAAAUAGUUAUUGGAGUUAUUGCUACAGUUUGUGAUACACAAUUGAAAUCAUUCUGUAGUAUAUUACAUACACACACAUGUACAGACACAUACAAACACAACACACACGCACACACAUGCAAGCUUUUUUUCAAAUUAUAUACAACAUGUACGUCCCAUAAUAAAAUAUGCAAUUUGCAUUGCAAUGUUUCUUUGUCUGUAGGUUAAGGUAAUAUUAUAUAAUUUCUAUAUUUAUCAAAUUAAGCAGUGGUGAUGUUAAAAGUGAAAAUACAUAUAAGCGUGUAUUCGGCAAUUUAACAUUUUAAUUAUACAGACAGGGGUCUCUAGCUUAUAAUAAUGUUUAAAGGAAUUUUUUUUUUUUUUAUGUUUUAAAAAAAGGUGAUUCACCCAGUACUUGGUUAAUGAUUUGGAAUUACUAACUGUUCUAACAUAUUUCUUGGAUUUUUAUCUAUUCCAGGCGAGAAACCAUUCAAAUGUGAGUUUGAAGGCUGCGAUAGACGCUUUGCCAACAGCAGUGACAGGAAGAAGCAUUCGCAUGUCCACACCAGCGAUAAACCCUAUAACUGUAAAGUGAGAGGAUGUGACAAGUCCUACACACACCCCAGUUCCUUGAGGAAACACAUGAAAGUACAUUGUAAAUCUCCUCCUCCAAGCUCAGGGUAUGAAUCGUCCAUACCUUCUUUAGUAUCUCCCUCUUCUGAUUCUGGACAGGAGCCUCCUGCAACCACUUCUCAUUCUGAACCUCUUACAUCCUCCCAAGGAGCUAACCUGAGUGAAUGGUAUGUGUGCCAAAGCUCAGGGGCGAGUGGCAUCCCAACUCCACCCAGUAAUACUCCUUCUCCUGACCAUCGGAAAGCUUCUUAUAAUAACUGUGAGGCUAGGCCGAAUUACUAAGAGUCAGCCUAACCCAACAAAAUAUUCCUUACACAUAUUGGUAGUUAUUGGGUCCAAGUACUGUAUAUUAUAAAGACUGUGAAGAACAUCAUGUCUGUUGAAGUUCUGAAAAAAGGGACCACUUCUUCUUACUAGCUUCAAUUCAGAUGCACAUAUGAAAAUGUAUAGCAAAAUUCAGUUGUGUGAAUCUGUAGUAGGCUCUCCCUCAGAUCCUUCAGCUUGAAUUUGAACAGAAAAGCACAAACAAUCUAUCCCACCCUUCCUUUUCGAUCUUUGUUUACUGUUCACCUUUCUGCAUAUUGUUCACCAAUGAACCAAAGUGUUUUGUUAAAGAUUUGUAGAUGAUGUACACUAUAAAUGGUCAAAGGCAUACACCAUGGUGUUUUACAUACACGUUUGUUAGCCUACAGUCCAAGUGCUUUUAUAAAGCUGAACUGUUAUUUUUUUUGUCUGUUUGUUUAUUUGUUGAUUUUUUUUACUAGUUUGUAUAAAGCAAAUUAAAUCUUUAUUAGUUAUCCUGGUUGGUGACAUGUAUAUAAUGAAUUAUGAUAUGGUAAUUUAUGUUGUGUACAUAUUAAUUUCAUGUCAAAAGUUAAAGUAUGGAGAACACUAUGGGCCUUGUAAUUAUUUUCUGAAAUAAUAAUUGUCAGUUCGGUUUCCCAUAGGGCCAUGUUGGUUAAAGUGUUGUUGAAAUGAUGUUAUUGUACAGAUUGAAGACAGAGCUAUUAAACAUGCUUAUAAGGUGUCAUUUCAUUUUUAACAGACAGUGCUGUUUAUGAUUGCUGUAGCAUACCAUGUCGUGUAAAAUAAAACAUUUUUCUACUACAAAAAAUAAAUUAGCAAUGUUGGAUCGUUAAUGGCUGUACGGCGUUAAAUAUCUAAGUAUCUGUAAAGUUG